GUUUUCAUAUGACAAUUGAAUCCUAUCAGUCCGUCAUCAAUUUAAUCCGAUAAACCACUCCGGCCUCCCCCUCUCCGCCGCAGAACGGUUCUCUUCUCAGCCCAAUUGAAUUAGUUAAAGAAAAGUUCAAUGGCUCUUACAUUGUUAAGAGGCAUUCAAACCCGCCCGUUAUUUCCGUGUUCGUCUGCAUUCGUGACAAGAAAACAUGUUCUCUUUUGUUCAAUGCAAAGCACACAAACAGAAACUACAAUGAAAACAAAACAACAGCCUCACUCGAAUUUCACAGAAACUGCUAGAGCCAAAGCUGUUGAAAAAGCAUUGAAAGAUUUUGAAGCAAUUAUCGGCAUAGAAACACAUGUACAGCUAGCAACUAUGACAAAGGCAUUUUGUAGCUGUGCAUACAGUUAUGGGGAUCAACCAAACUCGUGUGUUUGCCCCGUUUGCAUGGGUUUGCCUGGUGCUUUGCCGGUUUUGAACUCCAAAGUCAUAGAGUAUGCAGUGAUGCUUGGUCUUGCACUCAACUGCAAGUUGUCUAUGAAUUCGAAGUUCGAUAGGAAACAGUACUUCUAUCCAGAUCUUCCUAAAGGCUACCAAAUUUCUCAAUUUGACAUUCCAAUUGCCACAAAUGGGUUCAUUGAUUUGGAUCUUCCACUUGAAUUCGGUGGAGGACACAGAAGGUUUGGCAUUACCAGGGUUCAUAUGGAGGAGGAUGCAGGGAAGCUACUUCAUACAGGAACUGGGAAUUACUCUCAGGUUGAUUUGAAUAGGGCAGGGGUGCCUUUGCUUGAAAUUGUUUCUGAACCUGAUAUGCGAACUGGCAUUGAGGCUGCAGAAUAUGCUGCAGAGUUGCAAAGGGUGGUGCGAUAUUUGGGGGUCAGUAACGGUAAUAUGCAAGAAGGAUCGCUUCGUUGUGAUGUGAAUGUCUCCAUUCGUCCAAUUGGACAAUUAGAGUUUGGCACCAAGGUCGAAAUAAAGAAUCUAAAUGCAUUUUCAGCGAUGAGUAGAGCUAUUGAUUUUGAGAUUGCAAGACAGGCAGCGCUCUAUAAUGAAGGGAAAGCUGAAGAAAUUGUACAAGAAACACGUCUCUGGGAAGAAGGCUCUCAGAAAACAGUUACAAUGAGGAAAAAGGAAGGACUUGCAGAUUAUCGAUAUUUUCCUGAACCUGACCUUCCAGAAGUGAUACUCACCGAAGAAUAUGUCAAUGGUAUUCAUGAUUCUUUGCCUGAACUUCCAGAUAUGAAGCGUCGAAGAUAUGAGGAUAUGGGUCUAAGCAUGCAGGACAUUCUUUUUCUUGCCAAUGAUGUGAAUGUUGCAGAUUAUUUUGAGGCCACGAUUGCUAAAGUUCCUGAUAUCAAACUGGCCACUAACUGGAUCAUGGGAGAUAUUGCUGCCUACAUGAAGAACGAAAAGCUUUCUAUCAAUGAAAUCAAACUUAGCCCUCAAGAAUUGGGCGAGUUGAUAGCUUCAAUAAAAAGUGGAACUAUUAGCGGAAAGAUAGGGAAAGAGAUACUUUUUGAACUAAUGGAAAAAGGUGGAACCGUCAAGGGACUGAUUAAGGAGAAAGAUCUAGUACAGAUAGUAGACCCUGUUGAGAUCGAGAAAAUAGUUGAUAAAGUAAUCGCUAAUAACCCAAAACAGUUGGAACAAUACCGUGGGGGUAAAACCAAGCUGCAAGGUUUUUUUGCAGGACAGGUGAUGAAAGAAUCGAAGGGCAAAGCAAAUCCAGGGAUUCUGAACAAGAUUCUUCUAGAGAAAUUAAACGCUAAAAGCUGAUAUGUUACGCAUCGUGUAGAUAAAGCUAGAAGCCUAGAACUGGACUUUUGCUCUUCUCGGAGUUUCAAAAUGUAUGUAUUGCCAUUCUUUUUUAGCCGAAACUCCACCUGUGAGUUCUACAUUUGAAAACACGGCAAAAGGGUUAAUCUUUUUUUUCUUCGUAUUUUAACCGAUUACAGAUAUAUUUAUCCACACUAUAAGUUGCAAUUGUAUUUGACAUUCAUAUUGAAUACGCAUUGAAGUGUUUCUUGCCAUUUUUAUGGGCAGCUAAUG